AUGUUGCAAAUCGCAGCUGCUUUGCAAUUGGAACUGCGCUUGUGGGUGUAUUUGUUCAGCGGAAGGAUAAAUGCAUUUAUCUCCGGUAUAGCCAGCGGUAUUAGUAACCUAAGACUAAGCGCAACGGACAGCUCAUUUCUACUUGCCAACGCACAGAUUGUGGAUUUUCCGAUUGUCUAUUGCAAUGAGUCCUUUUGCAAAAUUAGUGGCUACAAUCGCGCGGAAGUCAUGCAGAAGUCGUGCAGAUGCGGCUUCAUGUAUGGCGAGCUGACAGACAAGGAAACGGUCGCGCGACUGGAAUACACGUUGGAGAAUCAGCAACAAGAUCAAUUCGAAAUUUUACUAUAUAAAAAGAAUAAAACCCCACUAUGGCUGCUGUUACAGGUUGCGCCCAUACGCAACGAAAGGGAUUUGGUUGUGCUAUUUUUGCUAACAUUUCGGGACAUAACCGCACUGAAGCAGCCAAUCGACAGCGAGGACACAAAGGGUGUUUUAGGUUUAUCGAAAUUCGCCAAACUGGCGCGUUCGGUGACACGCAGCCGUCAAUUCAGCGCACAUCUGCCAACACUGAAGGAUCCAACGAAACAAUCCAAUCUGGCGCAUAUGAUGUCACUCAGCGCCGAUAUUAUGCCGCAAUACAGACAAGAAGCGCCUAAAACGCCGCCACACAUUCUUUUGCAUUAUUGUGCAUUUAAAGCAAUUUGGGAUUGGGUGAUAUUGUGUUUAACAUUUUAUACCGCCAUUAUGGUGCCCUACAAUGUAGCUUUUAAAAAUAAAACUUCAGAAGACGUUUCACUACUCGUUGUCGAUUCCAUAGUAGAUGUUAUAUUCUUUAUAGAUAUCGUUUUAAAUUUCCACACAACGUUCGUCGGUCCCGGCGGCGAGGUGGUCAGCGAUCCCAAAGUGAUCCGCAUGAACUAUCUAAAGUCCUGGUUCAUCAUCGAUCUGCUCAGCUGCCUGCCAUACGAUGUCUUCAAUGCCUUCGAUCGGGACGAGGAUGGGAUCGGUUCGCUUUUUAGUGCGCUGAAAGUGGUGCGACUGCUGCGACUGGGGCGUGUGGUGCGCAAACUGGAUCGCUAUCUGGAAUAUGGCGCCGCCAUGCUCAUACUGCUGCUCUGCUUCUAUAUGCUGGUGGCGCAUUGGCUGGCCUGCAUCUGGUACUCGAUCGGACGCAGCGAUGCCGAUAAUGGAAUACAGUACAGCUGGCUGUGGAAGCUGGCGAACGUUACCCAAUCGCCGUACUCGUACAUCUGGAGCAACGACACCGGACCGGAACUGAUAAAUGGUCCGUCGCGCAAGAGUAUGUAUGUGACGGCGCUGUACUUCACUAUGACCUGCAUGACAUCGGUGGGCUUUGGCAAUGUGGCCGCCGAGACGGACAACGAGAAGGUGUUCACCAUCUGCAUGAUGAUUAUUGCAGCGCUGCUGUAUGCGACGAUAUUCGGUCACGUGACGACCAUCAUCCAGCAGAUGACCUCAGCGACGGCAAAAUACCACGACAUGUUGAACAAUGUGCGCGAGUUCAUGAAGCUGCACGAGGUGCCGAAGGCGUUAAGCGAACGCGUUAUGGAUUAUGUGGUCUCCACCUGGGCCAUGACAAAGGGACUGGACACCGAAAAGGUACUAAACUAUUGUCCGAAAGAUAUGAAGGCUGACAUUUGUGUUCAUCUAAAUCGCAAAGUAUUUAACGAGCAUCCAGCAUUUCGUCUUGCCUCGGAUGGUUGUCUGCGCGCGCUCGCCAUGCACUUCAUGAUGUCACAUUCGGCGCCUGGCGAUUUGCUGUACCAGGUAAGGGCGACGUCUUCGGCGAUCAAUUCUGGAAGGAUUCGGCCGUUGGCCAGAGCGCUGCCAAUGUGCGCGCCCUAACCUAUUGUGAUUUGCAUGCCAUCAAGCGUGAUAAAUUGCUCGAAGUCCUCGAUUUCUAUUCGGCAUUUGCGAAUAGUUUUGCACGCAAUCUGGUGCUCACCUACAAUUUAAGACAUCGACUGAUUUUUCGCAAGGUGGCCGAUGUGAAGCGCGAGAAAGAAUUGGCCGAACGGCGUAAAAACGAACCUCAAUUGCCUCAAAAUCAAGAUCAUUUGGUGCGUAAGAUAUUCUCAAAGUUCCGUCGUACGCCGCAGGUGCAAACCGGCUCCAAGGAGGUGGUCUCGGGCCAAAGUGAUGUAGAGAAGGGCGAUGGUGAUGUGGAUCGCACCAAGAAGUUGCCUGCUAAAUUAACCCUCACCGAGGAUUCACGCAUCCUAACAACAGCUGCCGCACCCUCUCCAACGCCAUCACCCUCGCCCUCAUCGGGUCCACCAUCUGCGCGUAGUACGCGUGCUAGUAAAUGGGGUCGCCUUCUGGGCAGUUCAAGUGUCGAUUCGGCUAGCGAUACGAGCGCCAAGGUAGCAGUCUCGAGAAGUUUGAGCGCCCGCGAAAGUCUGCGUGAGAGCACUGCCCAAGCGCGGCAGAGCAGUACUUCGAGUAGUAAUGGUGGACAAGGCAAUAAAGUAAUUACAAAAACAAAACCAAAAAACCAACAGCUUAAAUAGAUUUCGCAAGUAUUAAAUAAGACUAAAAAUAUUAAAUUUUACUUUUUAUGAAAUUUUUGAUUCCAUUUUUUAUUUCAUUUUUUUUUUUCUUGAGUUUUCUCUUUCUUAUUGGUUAUUGGCAUUUGGUUCCUAAUUUCUUCUUAACAAGUUCUUUGGUUUUCUCAGAAAAAUAUUUUUACAAUUUCUGAGCUUAAAAGCUCAAUUAAUCAGGCAAAGCAGAAAACUAGCAACGCUCGAAAGUUGGAAAAUUACAUUUAGAAAUCUUUUACAUUUUUUAGAUAGAAUAUUUGGUAAACAAAAUUUCAGUUUUUUUUUUCUAAAAAAAACUUAAUGUUUUCUAAAAAAAAACUGUUUCAGCUUAGUUCUUAGCAAAUUUUUAUACACAUAUUAUUCUGUUAAAUUUUAAUCUACAUAUUCUGAAGCUCUUCAAGCUUUUAAGCACGCCUACAAUAAAAGCUAUCUUUUGUCAACAUUGAAUCAAAAGCUCUGUUGUACAAUCCAAUUUCAUAAAGGACUUUUGGUAGGGAACCUUUUUGGACGAAUUUUUUAAACUCUCUGAAAGAGAACUUGAAAACUUAAAUGAAUAUGGCGUCAGUGUUCGCACUUAGAAAGCAGUUUUACUAGAGAACGCUAAAAAAACUGGAAAAUUAAUUUAAUGCCAUAGUCGACUAUUUUAUAACCACAGGUGCCUUACACUUUCUUUAUACUCAUUUACAUGAAUAAUUACAGCGUAAAAGCUCUUUAUUUCGCAUAAGCGAGCUUCGAUACCUCAACGGAGGUUAAUUUCAAAUAAAAGAGUGCCACGUUACGAUUAAUGAAAGCUCAUUAAGCCUACAAUAAAGUUCACAUACUCUGGAGUUAAGCUUUUAUAUGCAAAAGCUCUGGAAAUGUAUGCAAAGACUCUAAAACAUAAUUGGUACAUUCCUUAACUGAGGAAAAUCUUCUUCUGGCUAAAACUGUUCUAAAAAGAGUUUAUAAAUAUUUCGCUAUUUUAGUGGGUGGUAUCUUUCCCGUUAUUUGCCCUAACACCAAAGUCCCAAAACCCUGUAGUCUCUAACUACAU